CCGGUCGUUUACCAAUUGCUUUGAACCUCAGUGCUGGUGAAAAAGAUGGCGGCGCCCUACGGUGAUACGUGUAACGAGAAGAUGCUUUAGAUAAUUAUUAAUUUAUAAAGAUAAAUAAUACUUAGCAACAUGUUUAAAGAAACUGCACAACGUUUUAAGGCCGCAGCUCCUUUGCUUGCAAAAACGACGCUUUGGAAAGAAGUAAGAAUCAGCUCGACACAUGGAGGGAGCAGUGUCCACGGGCAUCGAUAUUUCAAUGUCACCUGCAGUUUAUGUGCGAAGGUACCGCCGAGAAAAAAGCCGCGAGUCAAGGUGGACAUACCCGGACUCGAGCGCAUUACCUAUGGCGAUAGAAUGCACUAUGUCCCUGGGUUGGCAAAGCCCUCUUUCCCUACCUGGGUGCGAGACUGGAACGACCCCUCUCAUUAUUAUGCGCCGAAAGAGGAAGAAAUGCCACUCCAUAAAGAGAAGUCUUGCUUCAUAUUUAACCAAAGGACAAACGCACUUGAAGGUGUCAGGCAAGCACUGUGGCUCACUAAAUCCAAGCUGACAAAUGGACUUCCGGACCAGGUUCUGUCAUUGGCUGAGAAUGAAGCCAAUCAGAUUGAAAACCAGGAUGAGCGAGUUCAGAAUGCCAUCAGGCAUGCUCGCUUCUGGGACACCACAGAGGAACGACCGUCCAGAGACAAUUUCUGCGUGGCUUUGCUGAGGAGCCUGAUCCACCUGUGUGGGAGCCUGCAGGUCAGUCAUCCUGGGCUUGGCAGGAGGAUCCUGGCAGAGAAAUACAGUCUGGCUGCCACAUGGAGCAGAGGUGAAGACUUGUUCCAGGUGCGAGGGCAGAAUGGGUUGCUGCUCAACAGCAUGGCCCCUCUCCCAGUGCUUGCUGGGAAAGAGGAGGUCCAGAGCACGGCCGACCAUGUCCUGGAGACGUUCUACCCAAUCUCUCCCACCAUCGACCUGCAGAGUGUCCAGGUCUACGAGGAGCAGAACCAUACAGGCUUCAAGGACGACUACCCUUACCCUCAUGCCCACACCCUCUUCCUCCUGGAGGCAGGAGACACCCCUGUCACUCUCCUUCCUGAGCAGCUCCGUGCUAAGAUGAUCAUGUUUGCCUUUGGGAACGCCCUGGCUCGUGCUCACACACUCCACGGGACUAAGCCUGGGGUGCUGGAGCAGCCCAUAGUGGUCCAGUCGGUGGCCACCAACGGCCGGAUGUUCCAGUAUGUGGUGUUCCAGCUCAACACCACAGACCUGCAGGCUGACGAGGGGGUCAAGAACCAGGUGUGGGUGGAGAAUGACCAGCUGCUGUACGACUUCGCCAAGGUGCGCCCCCUCAUCAAGAAGAGGGUGGUGCAGAUUCCACCAGGUCUAUCUGGGUACAAGCCUGAAACCUUCCAGAAGUUCCUGUCCCUCUAUCUGCAUGGAGCUGUGUGAACUAGCUACAUUAAACGGCACCAAAACAACAAUGUUCCACUAUUCAUAACCUUCCUUUUUCUACUGGCAUUACUGUAAUAUCUGAAAAGUGACCCUAGAUACUCUAGCUCAUCAGAGUCAAACGUUUCAUUGCGUUUCUCUACCCUCGGCUCAGUUUUGAAUUACAUCUGUAGAAGAGGAUUGUGAUCCAUAUCUCUUAUUGCUUAAGAAAAUGACCAAAAUAGCAAUGUGGAAAUGUAGCUAUGUAUGUCAUUAUGACAAACUCAUUAUUUUGAGAUGCGUAAUUUGUUUCCAGAAUUGAUUAAAUGGAUACAGAUGUCACACAAUGAAAUGUGCUGUUGAAAUGAUCCCUUCCGCCUUAAAAUGUGGUUUGGGUGGGAGGUGGUGUUGGCAGCAGUAGCCAUUUCAUGCUGCACCUUGUCCUACCACGCUGUCAUAACAAGCUGAAACGCGCCCGAGAUAGUCUACACUGUACAUGGGUAGAGUGCACAAUCUAAAAAGCCCAAUGCGAUAUUCCUGUGCGUGUUAUAACUUUGAGGUAAGUUCAUCGACAAAAGCACCAGACCGUUCUUUGUGUCCUCGCUGCUCUGUUGCCAUUGUGUUGAUUUGUUACGUUUGGUCUGGUAUGAUAUUAAUUUGUGGAUGUCCAUCCAUUUCGUAUAUGUUACGAUUUCCAAUUUGUUGUGGCUAACAUUAGCUAGAUGCCUGGGUCAUUCCUAUCGCCCGGUGCCCCCAGGAAAUAUCACCUUAUUUAGUGUAAAAUGUGGAUGCCGAAGGGCUUUAAAUAUCAAGUUAGGUGUCCUUUACUAUAAAAACGCAAAUACAUGGAUGUCGAAGUGAAUUGUAUGCAUUUUGUUUUUAGUGUGUGUCGGCGUUUUUACCAUUUCCCCGGCUGCUAUUCAUCAAUUUCUGAAAAAUAUUAGCUAUUAAAUGCACUGAAGAAAAAUGGAAACGCAACAUGCAAAGUGUUGGUCGCAUGUUUCAUGGGCUGAAAUAAAAGAUCCCAGAAACUUUC